AGCACCACCGGCAACAUGACAGAUUAAGAAAUCACAUUUCUAUCGUUAUUUUAAUAACAAUGACACUUGUAAAGAACAUGAUAAGGCUUUCUAUUUACAGAAAGCACUUUCAUACAACAGUUCCAUGGAGGAACAAGUCGAUUACGGGGUAUGAAGGCGCUGACAAUGCACUACAAACGGUUACUGGAGGUCGUAUUUACAAGUGGCUAGACGCUUAUGAGGAUUUCGUUGGGCUCACAGAGGUUAAACAAGCCCAGACUCAAGUAACAGAAGCAGAGUCAAGUUACCGUGCUGUGCAGGAACAGAGAAGAGCGGCUCAACAACAGCUUACAGCUGUACAGGUGAAAAUCAAGGGACUUGCCAUGGAAAUAGAGAAAACUAAAAGGGGAACAGAUGCAUACCUUGAUUUGGUUACUAAAGAGAAUGAGAUCAUCAAAGACGAAAAAGAUGUUCUUGAGAAUCUCUCAUUGUUAGAAGACAAUGAAAAACAAUCAUUUACUCUUCUCUCUUCAGCUUUAAGAGAGAGUCAUGAAAAAGAGAGAGCAAGAGCAGAGAGAAUGAAAUACUGGGGAGUUAUGGGAUCCAUUAUUGGAGCUGUGAUAGGAAUCUUUGGAACAACAGUGAAUAAUUAUCUAAGAAUGAAGGAAUUAAGAAAGAUUGUCACCAUGUCAACAGAAUCAAAUCAAGAAAGCAGAGAGAGGACAUUAGAAUUGUGUUUAAAUGUGAAUGAUCAGUAUCGGAAAAUUCAUGAGUUUUUAAUGGACAUUAGAUCUAAGACUGGUCUUAAACCUGUUGAACCCCAGCAAAAAGGUUUAAGUGUCACUCAAACAGUUGGUCUGACCACUGAAGCUAAAUUAGAAGAAGUAAUAGAAACUUUGAAAGAACAGGAGUCAAGGAUCAGGAAAGAUCUAGAAAAACUAGGUCAUGUUUUAAUGUUAAAGCAUGGAAAUGGACUAGGAAGUUCUGAUGCAGCGAUUGAUAGUACUGUUGUUUAUGUUGGACCUGAAAUCCAAACAAUGCUGAAUCAGACGGAACAAAAUAUUGAGCGAAAAAUGACUCAUCAUUCUGUAGGGACUGUAGUUUUUGUGGCAGCUGCAAUUGCUGUGCCAAUAUUGUUGAAAUUAUUUUCUGGUAGUUGAUUUUGAAUACUUGACUCUUUAGUUAUUAAAUAUUAUGUUCAUUAUUGUAUGUGUUUAAAAAUGAAAUUAAAAGGAUUUUCGAAUGAAGUUUGAAUUCAAGUGCCAGUGUGUUGGUUUUUUGUU